UCCUCCCCGCGGUCCGUACCCGGUGGCGUCUGCUCUGGUCCCUGAGCUCCUUAUUGUUGCUCCACGUUCCUUCAGGUCUGCGCAUCUGUUGUUCCCGGCGCUCUGCGAGGCCAGAAAAGGAGGAGGAGCCUAUCCAGAAGCCCUGCAGGGCAGGAAAAGAAGAAUCUCAACAUGGAAAAACUCUGCAGUGAAAAUGAAGGAAAGCCUGAAAACCAAGGAAAGAUGGAAAACCAAGAACAGCCGCAGGUUAAGGGAAAGCCAGAAGUAGCUGGUACUCUGGAAGACAAGGAAAAGUUAGGAAAUGAGGGAAAGACAGAAAAGAAGGCAAAGACAGAAGAUGAGGAAAUGCUAAAAGAUAAGGGAAAGCCAGAAGGUGAGGCAAAGCCAAGAGGAAAGCCAGCCAGUGAAACAAGGGCUGCAGGAAAGCGCCCAGCUCAGGAUGAUGUACCCAGAAAAGCAAAAAGAAAAACCAACAAAGGGCUGGCUGAGUACCUCAAGGAGUAUAAGGAGGCCAUACAUGAUAUGCAUUUGAGCAAUGAGGAGAUGAUAAGAGAAUUUGAUGAGAUGGCUAGGGUGGAGGAUGAAGUGAAAAAAUCCAAACAGAAAUUGGGAGGGUUUAUGUGGAUGCAAAGAAGUUUACAGAAUCCCUUCCACCCUAGGGGCCCAAGGGAACUUAGGGGUGGCUGCAGGGCCCAGCAAAGAGGCUUUGAAGACAUUCCUUAUGUGUAGUGCCUUUGAGCUUCAUUCGUGUUUUGACUGAUUAGAACAUGAUCAACCUGCUUUCUUUUUCCUUGCAUUUCCCUGGCAGGUAUUUGCCAGGGUCUGUGCUUUAACCUUAUGCUGAUACUUGUCUUUAGGCAUCCCUCUAGUUACCAGUAGCCUUUUGACCCAACUACAGCGCUCUGUGUUUCAGUAGGGAAUUUUCACCCAUUGCAUGGAAAAAAAUGUUUUUGGUGCAUUGUAAAAUUAAAAAAAAAAAAAAAAAAAA